CCCGCGCGCCAAGCCGCCUCCCCGCCUCAGGCGAAGGCUCCGCCCGCAGCCGCCGCUCGAGGAGGAGGAGGGGGACCGUCCGGGUUUUAAUGAAGGAGGCGUCGGGGUGGAGCGAGAGGAGGAGGAGGCGGCCUCGGCCUCGAAGCCCCGCAGCCCCCGCCCCCAGGACGAGGCCGGAGGAAAGACGGCUGCCUCGCUCGCUCUCUCCGACGCCGGCACCAGCAGCAGCACCCCCGGCUUCCCCAGGUUGAGCCAGUGACUGGAAAGGCAGGUUUCAGUCUGAUUGCUCAAGCUUACCACCCUGCUAGACUUCAGCUGCUUCUGCUCAUAGCCCUCCUCACGGUUAUUAGCACAGACAAGAUGUCCUGGGUGCAAGCUGCAGUCAGCCAGCACAGCGAAGAUGUGUUUGAUGAAGAUGCAAAUGAAAUGGACAUAGCUCAGAAAGAAUGGAAGAGCACCAUGGAGAAACGAGUCAAAGAAGGCUAUAGGGAGGGAGCAGAAGCUGGAAGACUGCUGACAGUUCAAGAGGGUUUUAAUCAGGGGUAUAAAGAAGCAGCAAGGAAGAUGAUCUCAUGUGGCCAACUCAAAGGAACCAUAAGUGCUCUUUCGUUCUGGUGUCAGCACAAUGGAUGCAGUUCUGGAGUGCAGAGCGAGGUAACUGACCUGCUGAACGAAUUGGGAAAAUAUGAAGAAUCUGUGUUUAGAAGUCUUAACUCUACCCAUCUGCAGCCCCAUGUUGAAGACUUGCUGGAUACUAUUGAGGACAUGGACCUUGGUCAUGCCCUCUUACCUGAGAAACAGCAUGAUGGAACUACAGGUGGAAGAAUCUCUGAAAACGGCAUUGAGUUUAGUGGACAGUGUUGCAGAAAUGAUAGCAGGACUGGAUCCUUCCAAGAAGAAUGUUGCAGAAGGAGAAAAGGUGGCACUGAUUCCCAAAAAGCCAGUGUUUAGUUGGCUAAAAGAAAAAACUAUCAAUUUAGUAGAUCAGCUAGGUUUGCCACCAGACACAAUUGAACACAUUCGACUAUUGCAAAGUUAAUUGUGUGGAAUUUUUAAAAGUUUUUUUUAAAGUAUCGUUUUCCCCCCAGAUAUGCAACUACCUCAAAACUGGCUGAAAUGCAGAGAUUUUGCUUUCAAAUAUUGCUUAAUGUGCCCUUUAUAUAGUAGAUAAAAUCCUGUGGUAUUACAUGGA